AUGACGGCAGCUGCUUUUCCUAACGAAGCUAGAUAAACAAACAAAAGCAAGACAUUAUAUUACAUAUAUGUAGGAGUCUUGGACAAUUUUGAUGUGUUUCUAUGUAUAGAUAUGUCUAUCAGGAACUAUUUAUUCCCGUGAAUCCCCUAUAGCCGAGGCAAAGAAGGGCUAGCACUUGCUAAGUUAGCUGACAGGCUAUGUAGCUUGUAGUGGUUAGCACGACAUGUUUAUUUUAGUGCUGAAGCGAAGGAGCGCGACAUGAUGGCAUGACACUGUUGCAGUGCUAGCGAGUAGCUACACUUUCACGUAAAGGUUGCGGGAAACAGGUGAAACUGAAGUUUUAACCGGAACUGCACUCCGUAAGAUCUCCACAUCGUCACGAUGGCGUGGGCUCUGAAGUUGCCUCUCACGGAUGAAGUGAUCGAGUCCGGACUGGUCCAGGACUUUGAUGCUAGUCUCUCGGGCAUUGGUCAGGAGCUUGGCGCUGGGGCAUAUAGCAUGAGCGAUGUACUUGCCCUCCCCAUCUUCAAGCAGGAGGAGUCCAAUCUGCCUCCAGACAGCGACAACAAGAUCCUUCCUUUUCAAUAUGUUCUCUGUGCAGCUACCUCGCCUGCCGUUAAACUGCAUGAUGAAACACUCACCUACCUCAACCAAGGCCAGUCCUAUGAAAUUAGAAUGCUUGACAAUCGGAAAAUUGGGGAACUUCCGGAAAUCACUGGUAAAAUGGUGAAGAGCAUCAUUCGCGUGGUGUUUCAUGACCGAAGACUUCAGUACACAGAGCACCAGCAGCUGGAAGGCUGGCGCUGGAACAGGCCCGGGGAUCGCAUCCUCGACCUGGAUAUCCCCAUGUCCGUCGGCAUAAUCGACCCCAGGGCUAACCCUACUCAGCUUAACACAGUGGAGUUCCUUUGGGACCCAUCAAAAAGAACCUCAGUUUUUAUCCAGGUACACUGCAUCAGCACGGAGUUCACCAUGAGAAAGCAUGGUGGGGAAAAGGGUGUACCUUUUCGCAUCCAGAUUGACACUUUUAAAGAGAAUGAGAAUGAAGAAUACACAGAACACCUCCACUCUGCCUCCUGCCAGGUCAAAGUCUUCAAGCCUAAAGGUGCGGACAGAAAGCAGAAGACGGACAGGGAGAAGAUGGAGAAGAGGGCGCCACAGGAAAAAGAGAAGUACCAGCCCUCCUAUGAAACCACAAUCCUGACAGAGUGCUGUCCCUGGCCUGAGGUCACAUAUGUCAACAACUCUCCGUCUCCUGGCUUCAACAGCACGCACAACAGCUUCCCAGUUGCAGAAGGAAAUGGAUCACCAAACCACCAGCCUGAGCCUGUCGUUCAGGUAGCAGAUAAUUUGUUGCCCACAGCAACACCACAAGAUGCACAACAGUGGCUUUUAAGAAACCGCUUCUCGCCCUUCUGUCGGCUCUUCACCAACUUCUCAGGGGCAGACCUGUUGAAGCUGACCCGGGAGGAUGUCAUUCAGAUCUGUGGGCCAGCUGAUGGCAUAAGACUCUUCAAUGCACUGAAGGGACGGGUGGUUCGCCCGAGGCUGACCAUCUACGUUUGCCAGGAGUCUCAGCAGACACGAGAGCAGCAAGUGAAACAUGAAAACGGAGACGCUGCCGCCAACACUUUCUUUGUAUAUCACGCCAUUUACCUGGAGGAGCUCACAGCUGCUGAGCUGACAGAGAAGAUCGCUCAACUCUUCAACAUCUCACCCAGACAGAUAAAUCAGAUCUUUAAACAGGGUCCCACCGGCAUCCAUGUACUGGUCAGUGAUGAGAUGAUUCAGAACUUCCAGGAUGAAGUAUGUUUUGUAUUGGACACGAUGAAAGAUGACACAAAUGACGGCUACCACAUCAUCUUGAAGUGAACCCUGAGCAGGAGACGUUGCUGUCUUCUUUAGACCCGAUCCAGUCAGCCCCUCUAGAGCGUCAUACUCCUCACCGUUCCUGGAAUAUGUGGAGAUGCCCCAAGAAACCUCUUGAGGCCGUUAGGAGGAAUAUGUGACUGACUCACCCGGCCCUCUCCUCACUAUACCUUACUGUCUUACUUUUGAGGGAGUGACUGUUCCCACGGUGAAGUAACAGUCUCCUUCUUGCCCUGCCAUUGUGUCCCUUAAAUGGUUGCAUUUUCCUCUGUCGCUUAUGUCUCAUGAAAGAGGUUAGUGGCACUACAGCUGCUAUCAGUGUGCAUUUGUUAGCUGAGCAUCUGGUGUGCCAAAGCUUGUUUGUCGUCUAUUUAAAAAAGAAAAAAAAACAACCAAAAAAUGGGGGGAAAAAAAGAAAGAAAAGAAAUUAAUGCGACAAAAACAAGAGAUAUUCGUUAGAAAAGCUACUUGAGUGUCAGUCUGCACUGCAGCAUGAUUUCUUGUCUUCAUCCAAGGUUGCCUUACGGGCAAGAAACAUGGUAUAGAUAACACGGUCACAGUCACAUUGAAGAACCACAAGAGGCAUCAAACUCAGCAAUCAGGACAUUCAGGGAAAGUGUUGGAAUCCAGCUGUUCUCCCUAGCAUCUGUGAUUGCUUUGAAAGCCAACAAUGUCAGUCUUUCGCUGGUUUGAACUGUUACAUUUACCUUUUUCCAGACUCCCCAACACUGUAUUGGUCCUUCUGGUUCACAUAGAAAGCAUAGUGGCACUUGUGGUUGUUACCGAUGAAUCCUGAACGAUGAUGAAACACUGUCUACAUUAGCGAUCGCAGUGGCAACACCAGCAAAUUCUCUGGUCCACGUACCUGCUUCCUCUCCCUAUCUGCUUUUUUUUUUUUUAAGCAUUUCGUUAUGUAAUUUUGUCAUUUCAUAAUUUUUAGCCAUCUCCCAACAUAAAUUGUACAUAGUUCAUAAUUUUAAAACGUUUUCACAAGUAAUUGUGUGUUACUUUUGCUAAUUUUUUUUUUAACAUACUUGCGUCGUCAUUGUUUUUGGAUGUUACCACUUUCAGAUACUAAUACAUGUAACGAGCUGUUGGCCACACCAGAGCUGCAUGUGAAGACAUAUGGUUAGUUUGUGUUGAGUCCAUUGUACUGCUUACAUGAAACUGACAGCUUGACAUUGUUAGAUGUCCAUCUUUGCCCCCAUCUCAUCAGCAUUAUUAAAGUACUU